GGCGAGCAUGGGGCGCCUGGCGCCGAGGCCGCUGCUGCUGGCGCUCUUGUCGCUGGCUCUUUGUCGAGGGCGCGUGGUGAGGGUCCCCAAGGGGAGCCUGGUGCGGGUGGAGGGCACCGAGCUGGUCAUCCCCUGCAACGUCAGUGACUACGACGGCCCCAGCGAGCAAAACUUCGACUGGAGCUUCUCGGCCCCGGGGAGCAGCUUCGUGGAGCUCGCCAGCACCUGGGAGGCGGGCUUCCCCGCCCAGCUGUACCGAGAGCGCCUGCAGAGAGGUGACAUCGUGCUGCGGCGCACGGCCAACGACGCCGUGGAGCUGCACAUAAAAAACAUCCAGCCCUCCGACCAAGGCCACUACAAGUGUUCCACCCCCAGCACGGACGCCACCGUCCAGGGCAACUAUGAGGAUACAGUGCAGGUUAAAGUGCUGCCUGAUGCCUUGCGCGUGGCCGCCGGCCCGCAGCCCUCCCCGGGCCCCAGCCUGCGUGAGGGCGAGCCCUUCGAGCUGCGCUGCUCGGCCUCCACCGCAUCGCCGCUGCACACGCACCUGGCGCUGCUGUGGGAGGUGCGGCGCGGCCCCGCGCGGCGGAGCAUCCUCUCUCUGACCCACGAGGGCAGGUUCCGGCCCGGCCCCGGCUACGAGCAGCGCUACCGCAUUGGGGAUGUGCGCCUGGACACCGUGGGGAGCGACGGGUACCGCCUCUCCGUGUCCCAGGCUCUGUCCUCCGACCAGGGCUCCUACCGCUGCAUUGUCAGCGAGUGGAUUGGAGAGCAGGGUAACUGGCAAGAAAUUCAAGAAAAAGCCGUGGACGUGGCCACCGUGGUGAUCCAGCCAACAGUUCUCCAGGUAACUGUGGCCAGGAAUGUGUCUGUGGCCGAAGGGAAGUUGCUGGACCUGAGCUGCAACAUCACAACAGACCGAGUGGAUGACGUGCGGCCCGAGGUGACAUGGUACUUCAGCAGGACGCCGGACAGCACCUUACCCGGCCCCCACGUGCUAGCACGGCUGGACCGUGAUUCCCUGGUACACAGCUCUCCCCACGUGGCCCUGAGUCACAUGGAUACACGCUCCUACCAUUUACUGGUUCGAGAUGUUAGCAGAGAAAAUGCUGGCUACUACUUCUGCCACGUGGCGCUCUGGACACCCGGGCACAACAGGACCUGGCACAAGGUGGCUGAGGCUAUGUCGGCCCCAGCUGGGGUGGCUGUGACCUGGCUAGAACCAGACUAUCAGGUGUACCUGAAUGCCUCUAAGGUCCCUGAGUUCUCAGACGACCUCACCGAGCUGGAAUGCCGGAUAGUGGACAUGAAGAGCACAGAGGCGAGCAUCCGUUUCACGGUGUCCUGGUACUACAGGUUGAACCGGCGCAGCGAUGACGUGGUGGCCAGCGAGCUCCUUGCAGUCAUGAAUGGGGACUGGACGCUGAAGUAUGGAGAGAGGAGCAAGCAGCGGGCCCAAGACGGAGACUUCAUUUUUUCUAAGGAGCAUGCGGACACAUUCAAUUUCCGAAUCCAAAGGACUACAGAGGAGGACAGAGGCAAUUAUUACUGCGUUGUGUCUGCCUGGACCAGACAGCGUAAUGACAGCUGGGUGAAGAGCAAGGAUGUCUUCUCCAAACCUGUCAACAUAUUUUGGGCAUCAGAAGAUUCCGUGCUUGUGGUGAAGGCCAGGCAGCCAAAGCCCUUCUUUGCUGCAGGAAAUACAUUUGAGAUGACUUGCAAAGUGUCUUCCAAAAAUAUUAAGUCACCGCGCUACUCGGUUCUCAUCACGGCUGAGAAGCCGGUCGGGGACCUCUCCAGUCCCAACGAAACCAAGUACAUCAUCUCCCUGGACCAGGAUUCCGUGGUGAAGCUGGAGAACUGGACAGAUGCAUCACGGGUGGAUGGUGUCGUGUUAGAGAAAGUGCAGGAAGAUGAAUUUCGCUAUCGGAUGUACCAGACUCAGGUCUCGGAUGCAGGGCUGUACCGCUGCGUGGUGACAGCCUGGUCUCCUGUCAGGGGCAGCCUGUGGCGAGAAGCAGCAACCAGCCUCUCCAAUCCUAUUGAGAUAGACUUCCAAACCUCAGGUCCUGUAUUCAAUGCCUCUGUGCACUCAGACACGCCAUCGGUCAUCCGGGGAGAUCUCAUCAAACUGUUUUGUAUCAUCACUGUCGAGGGAGCGGCCCUGGAUCCAGAUGACAUGGCCUUUGACGUGUCCUGGUUUGCGGUGCACUCCUUCGGCCUGGACAAGGCUCCGGUCCUCCUGUCAUCCCUGGAUCGGAAGGGGAUUGUGAACACAGCCGAGAGGGACUGGAAGAGUGGCCUCAGCCUGGAGCGCGUGAGCGUGCUGGAAUUCUUGCUGCAAGUGCAUGGCUCCGAGGACCAGGACUUUGGCAACUACUACUGCUCCGUGACUCCGUGGGUGAAGUCACCCACAGGUUCCUGGCAGAAGGAGGCAGAGAUCCAGUCCAAGCCCAUCUUUAUAACUGUGAAGAUGGAUGUGCUGAACGCCUUCAAGUACCCUCUGCUGAUCGGCGUCGGCCUGUCCACGGUCAUCGGGCUCUUGUCCUGCCUCAUCGGGUACUGCAGCUCCCACUGGUGCUGUAAGAAGGAGGUCCAGGAGACCAGGCGGGAGCGCCGCCGGCUCAUGUCCAUGGAGAUGGACUAGGCGGGGCCGGGAGGACCGGGGCAGCCGGACGGCCGAGGAGCAAUUUGGGCGAGAAGAGGACAGUGAGCUUUUAACGCGAAGCGUGUUACUCUAAAAACCAGUCCUCUCUAAUCUCAGGUGGGACCUGGCGCUCUCUCUUUUCUGCAUGUCAAGUUCUGAGCGCGGAGAUGUUUACCAGCACACGGCUCUUCUUCCCACGGCACUUUCUGAGCGAACAAUCGAGUGUGUGUUCUCCCAACGGCGGCUUUUUAAUGGUUAACCUUCGUCUAAUUUGUUUCUCCUACUGGCGUAGAGAUCUCUGACUCGUGUGUGUGUAUAGCUUUUGUUCCGAGGGGUUGCGGGGAGGAAGGGGUGACGGCGUUCAGAGUCCUUUGUCUCGGGUGAGGACGGAACUGCCGCUUGAGAGCCGGCGUCCGCGUGGGAGGCCCGUGGCGAGAGCUGCUAGGGGCGACGCGCUACCCCGGCCGAGGGGACAGCACAGACCAGGGCCGAAGGCUCAUUUGUGGCUUUGACUCCCCGCCCCCACCCCCUAUUUUCAGGGGUUGAGACUACGUUUGAAAUCUACACUUGCAGUACGUAACUUCCUAUUGAGCCCAGAUACAUUUUGUUUGGGUUUGGGUUUUUUUUUUUUUUUUUUGCCUCUCCGCCCCCCUCUCCAUUUCUUUCGUAUUUGCUUUAUGUGCGAGUGCCGAAGUGGCCCUGGAAUCGAGAAUUUGGCUCUCCACCAAGCACCUUAUCUUGCCACCUUAGCCUUAAGAAUGAGUAUGAAGAAAACUACCCAGCCACCUCUAUCCAGGGCAGUGAGAAGGACUGCAAGGAGGAGGCCAUCGGGGAACAAGGAAAGGAACAGUCACUCCUGUAGUUCUGAGGCCACCGUGCCUGGGAGGAGGUGGGGGGGGGCGGGAGUUAGAUUUCUGCAGCUCAUGCCGGGAGGGUCAGUGGUGCCAGAGGUAUGACAGGCGGAAGAGGCCACCUACAUUCCCCACCCUGCCCUUUGCAGGGGACCCAGAGACACCUCACAUCUUCCACGGGCUGUUUGGGCUCCUUAAUGUGGCACCGACUUGCCACUUGCAAGACUGCCUUCACGGAAUCAGAAAUCACCAAGAAGAACCACGCGUUUCCUAUGACCUUUUAAGUUCUUGGAGUCUUUUUACGAUCCCCGGCAGGGGUUGGCGAGGAAGGGUAUACUUUGUGGUCGGUUUGCUUUCCCAUUAGAAACACAAAGGAAACCCAGCAAUUUAUUGCCACGUGAACAGCCUACAGAGUAGAUCUGAGAGCAGCCCGUUUUGCCUGAUCCCUUGUACGGGGUGUGGGACAAGGACCCAAGGGACCCUCUGCUCCCUGAAGUGUCUCCCCCCGCCCAGUGUUGGCCUUUCGGAAGCAUCCCAGCGGGGCUUUCUGAGGCCCAGCGGUCCUCGUGCUCUGCAUUGCAGUCCUCUGUGCUUUUAUCCCGGCUCUGAAGGAUCGAACACUGCUCUGUCUUCCAAAGGGGAAAAAAAGAGAUUCAUUUGUUUUGAGCAAUAAAGUAAUACAAAAUGA